CUCGAUUCCAUUUUCGAAUUUCCUAAGUGCAACGAUUGCAUCGCGGACAUCCUUUAAGUCUUCAUAUUUACUUUACUCAAAGAGAGACGUCGAUCCUUGACGGAUGCAAUGACGGACUAAGGCUUGCAUUACAAACAAAAUGGUGCUACUGGGGCCCCAAGUCGUGUUUUUGAUACUUUUCAAAGUAUCCUUGGCAGAAGAACCAUUAGAAUUAAAACCUCUUGGCGACGACGAAUUCACCGGCGAGUUCUGGACAACUUUAGUACAGAAUGUCAUUGAUUUGUUCCAUCACCAGCCGUCAUGCGACCGAGCUCAAUUCGGAGUUAUUUUCUUGGGCAACCCGGAAAACCAUAAUCUGAAUAUGUAUGUUUAUCCACACGUCGGCACGAAUGUCUAUCGACCUGUCACAGACAACAAUCAUCCAUUCUCUCCAAGCAAUCCUUCCGACUUCGGAAACUAUGUAGUUUCACGGCCUGGCUACAUACCACAGCUUCAAGACGUGAUUAAUGCUGAGGAAAUCUCAUUGGGGCACAUUCAAAGACUCUGGAACAACUAUAUCAACCGGUUCAACCAGACACCGACGCUGAUGCUGCACUACUCCUGGAUAAUGCCCUGUGAACAGUGCGUGGAUCUGAUCUUAAACUACUUUAAUUCUGAGCCGUAUGUUCGCGUUCCGCAUAGGGUCGUUGCGCACACAACUGAGGGCCAUUUUCUUUCUUACAUAUCUGAGGAACGCAACGCCAACACUCGAGAACGACUUCGUAACGCUGGCAUUCGCGUCCUAACGCAUCAAUGUUAUUCCCCGCAGCCCUCAAACAUCGACGCAGUAUUCAACAUUUCAAAGAGGUCUUUAAUUGAAGCAAGUGACAAGGCUACAACUGAGAUUGAAAUGGAGCAACCAAUCACUGAAAAACAGUGCAUGGGGAAAUGUUUGGGAACCGAAACUCUGCAAGGCUGCUUAUAUAGCUGUCUUCUGAAAACAUCCGUAUGCUGCUGUUGUCAAGAAAGUUACAAAGAACGAAUGACUGUAGAUUACGUCAAUAGGUUCAUGGCAUAUUGUAGAAAUAAGAACUUAAAGAACUGCGCACAGGAAAUGAUCGCGUCAACUUUGGGAAAUGCUUGCACCUGCAACCCGAAAGAAGUGUUUGUUGACAACAUGAACCAAUGUCUUACCGAAUGUUCCAACCUUCCAAUGUCAAAACCGUUAAAUCCCUACAGUCCAUCAACAUUUACGGGAAUGUUGCAAAGGCUGGACGAAUUAAGCAUUUAUCCUCAAGAAGUUAGCCUUUGUACAGACCGUAGAAUGCAAGGCACCAUUUGCUCUGAACACAAUCAAAUUUAUAUGACGGCUGGAAGUUCUAUUUGCCGCGAAGACACACCUUGUGACUUCUAUGGAGAAUCCUAUAAGUGGUGUUACACAGUUAACGGCAAGAAAAAGUGGGACUACUGCUGUACAGACGCAUGCGCACGACGAGGAGAAAACUACUACUGGUGUCACUCCGGAAGUACAUGGCAAUACUGCGGAAACCCCGGUACCAAGACCGUGCAUAACAUGAAUUGCCUGCCAACGAGUCCAUGCGGUCUCCACCUUGAUGUAAACUCCCGAACAGAUUACUAUUGGUGUUACGUUGAUGAGUAUCUGCACUAUGGCAGAUGCUGUCAGCCUGGAUUCCCAUGUAAAAAAUACGGCUAUAGCUACAACUGGUGCUGGACCGGAUACAAGAUUCGAAGUGGGAAGUGGAACAAAUGCGAGAAAUAAUAACGCUACGUUUUGACAGUACAGGCCAUUCCUUACGAAGAAAAUGAUAAAAAAAAUGAUGAAUUAAUAUCUACUAAAUCAAAAAUAUCAUGUCAUAUUAGGAAGAAGAUAUUGAGAUACUGUAUAUAUUUCUUAAAAACGUUUUGAUGAAAAACAAACAAACUUAAAUGAUAAUUUUUAUGAUUAUGAGAAUAAAGUGAACUUGUUUGAAUGUAUAAACGAUAUAUAUAUAUAUAUAUAUAUAUAUAUAUAUAUAUAUAUUUGUAGUUUGUACUAUUAUGCACUUAAUUAAUUUAUUUGUAUAUUUACCCGUUUUUAACACUUUAAAGGGACUAGACACCAGAUGAUACAAUUGCAAAAAAUGAAAAUUAUAAAAAAAAACUUGCAUUAAAAUGGUAUCGUUGAGUACAACGCAUUGAAUCUAACUUACUAAUGUAUCACACCGCUUAAACAUAUUUAUACUGGGAAACCCUUAUUAGCUGUUUUUAAACAGGGACGCAGAUUUGACAGCAACAUGAUAGUUCCGAUUAUUCUUUUAAUUAUGUAAAAGGAUGUUUUAUCGGCAUCUUACUACCUCGCAUUGACAAUUUUAGGCUUGUUUUGAGAAAAUACUGUAUUUGCCGAUUUGGGGACAAUCUGGUGUCUAGACCCUAAAAUGACUUUCGGAUGCACAACUUCAGCAUAAGUGUACCGGACAAUAUAUUGCAUGCUGUCCAUGAGAGUAGAUAAAUAAUAAACUCAAAGUGUGUG